AUGGAUAUGAGUUUGAUUGACGCUGCACAAACAGGUAAUGUUGAGUCCUUGCUUGAGUUGAUUGAAGAAGAUCCCCUUAUGCUACAUUCUGUUGCAUUAGCAGGGGCAGAGUUACAUAUCGCUUACCUCGCAUUCAAGAACAAACAGUUUGAAGUCUUGACAAUCUUAAUGGAACAUCUCAAGGACUUAGAGAAAGAGAGUGUUGCAAGCAUAUUGCUUGGUGGACAUAUCAUUAGUGAGGCCAUAGUGGAAGUGAAUUGCUUGAACAACAGUGGCAUCACAGUUCUUGAUGUUCUACUGCUAUUCCGAAGUGAGUCAGUGCUAGUGCCAGUGUCACAGCCAGCGCAGGCUAUAUUGCCGUCUGAACAGUUGCUAAAGAAUUUCAAGUACAACAAGGGCAGAGAUUCGCCUAGCGAAGUACGAGAACCCUCCUUGUGA